GCUGCGCGGACAGCCCGCAGCCCUCACUUAAGAUGGCGAAAGCUUCCUCAGCCGCCCACUCUGCUUCCCCAGGGAGGCGAUCGGGCCCGCCUCCCCGGGCGCCACAGUCGCAUGACCCGCACAAUGGCUAACAGCCGACCCAAGGCUUCCCAGCAACGCCAAGCAAAAGUCAUGACCGCCGCCGCGGGCUCGGCGAGCCGUGUCGCCGUGCCCUUGUUGCUGUGUGCGCUGUUAGCGCCCAGCGGCGCCUACGUGCUAGACGACUCCGACGGGCUGGGCCGGGAGUUCGAUGGCAUCGGCGCAGUCAGCGGCGGCGGGGCAACCUCCCGGCUUCUAGUAAAUUACCCAGAGCCCUAUCGUUCUGAAAUACUGGAUUAUCUAUUUAAGCCAAACUUUGGUGCCUCUUUGCAUAUUCUAAAAGUGGAGAUAGGUGGUGAUGGACAAACAACAGAUGGCACUGAACCCUCACACAUGCACUAUGAGCUAGAUGAGAAUUAUUUCCGAGGCUAUGAGUGGUGGCUAAUGAAGGAAGCUAAGAAGAGGAACCCAGAUAUUAUACUUAUGGGGUUGCCAUGGUCAUUCCCAGGAUGGCUGGGCAAAGGUUUCAGCUGGCCUUACAUAAAUCUUCAGCUCACUGCCUACUAUGUUGUAAGAUGGAUUUUGGGUGCCAAGCAUUAUCAUGACCUGGACAUUGAUUAUAUUGGGAUUUGGAAUGAAAGGCCAUUUGACGUCAACUAUAUAAAGGAAUUAAGAAAAAUGCUGGAUUAUCAAGGUCUCCAGCGAGUGAAAAUCAUUGCAAGUGAUAAUCUCUGGGAGCCGAUUUCCUCCUCUGUGCUGCUGGACCAGGAACUCUGGAAGGUGGUUGAUGUUAUUGGCGCUCACUAUCCCGGAACCUACACAGUGUGGAAUGCAAAGAUGUCAGGGAAGAAACUUUGGUCAUCUGAAGAUUUUAGCACUAUCAACAGUGAUGUUGGUGCAGGCUGUUGGGGUCGCAUAUUGAACCAGAAUUACAUCAAUGGCAAUAUGACCUCCACAAUUGCUUGGAAUUUGGUGGCUAGUUACUAUGAAGAAUUGCCUUAUGGACGAAGUGGGUUGAUGACGGCCCAGGAGCCAUGGAGUGGGCAUUAUGUCGUAGCAUCUCCUAUCUGGGUAUCAGCUCAUACAACCCAGUUUACUCAACCAGGCUGGUAUUACCUGAAGACAGUUGGCCAUCUAGAGAAAGGAGGAAGUUAUGUCGCUCUGACUGAUGGCUUGGGAAACCUCACCAUCAUCAUUGAAACUAUGAGUCAUCAACAUUCUAUGUGUAUACGGCCAUAUCUACCAUAUUAUAAUGUCUCACAUCAGCUGGCUACCUUCACUCUAAAGGGGUCUUUGAAAGAGAUACAAGAGCUACAGGUGUGGUAUACCAAGCUGGGAACACCACAGCAGAGCCUUCAUUUUAAACAGCUGGAUACGCUAUGGCUCCUUGACAGCAGCGGCAGUUUCACACUGGAACUGGAGGAGGAUGAGAUAUUUACACUCACCACUCUGACCACAGGUCACAAAGGCAGCUACCCUCCCUCUCCCAACUCGAAGCCCUUCCCAACCAACUAUAAGGAUGAUUUCAAUGUUGAGUACCCAGUUUUUAGUGAAGCUCCGAAUUUUGCUGAUCAGACUGGUGUGUUUGAGUACUACAUGAAUAACGAAGACCCUGAGCACCGCUUCACACUGCGCCAAGUUCUCAACCAGCGACCUAUUACCUGGGCUGCAGAUGCUUCCAGCACCAUCAGCAUUAUAGGCGAUUACCAGUGGACCAACAUGACUGUGCAGUGUGAUGUUUACAUAGAGACCCCUCAGAGCGGCGGUGUAUUCAUUGCUGGAAGAGUGAAUAAAGGUGGCAUCUUGAUUAGAAGAGCUACAGGAGUCUUCUUCUGGGUUUUUGCAAAUGGCUCUUACAGAGUCACAGCUGACCUGGGUGGAUGGAUAACGUAUGCUUCAGGACAUGCAGACAUUACAGCUAAACGAUGGUACACACUCACCUUAGGCAUUAAGGGUCAUUUCGCCUUUGGUAUGUUGAACAGCACGAUCCUAUGGAAAAACAUCCGUGUGAAAUACCCAGGGCAUGGCUGGGCUGCGAUUGGAACGCACACCUUCGAGUUUGCGCAGUUUGACAACUUUCUCGUGAAAGCAGCUCGCUAGUCCACACAGGGGCAUCAAGACAUAAUUUGGAUUUUCUAUUUUUGAUUUUGAUUCAGGGCGAAUUCUGAUUUUGAUGGAUCUAUAUAUGAGUCUUUGAGGCUAACAAUAAUGAGGAGUAAACAGGGGAAAUGGUACAUUUUUGCUGGAUCCCGUGAAAGCUUUAUUUAGAGCUAAUUCCAGAGGGGAUGCAGGUAGUCUUUGGCACUGUCUGUGGCAGCUCUUAAGGCCCACUGCUGUUCAGUCCCAUCCUUCAGCAGUGCUUUGGGUGGUUUGGGCCUUUCGGCCUUGACACUAAUGCCAAGGUAGUUCAUUCCACAUUGUUUGUAAAUGAUCGUGCAGGUGGCUGGGACCACAGGGGAGGUUUUGUGAGCUCCAGCCAUGCGCUUCAGUCAAGGCUUCCUUAGAAGAUGCUGAUGCUCAAGAUGAAACUGAUGAGCACUUCAGCAAGUACUUCACUGUGCAGUUCUCCCCCGCUUUCCCUCCAUCUCUCUCCCACCCCAUCCCCCCCAGACCCCAGGAUACUUUUGGAAUUGUGUGAGAUGAUGAUGGGAUGAUUUGAAAAUUACCUCAUUAAUAAACUAACACUAAAGUCAUUUCUGCAGUAAUAAAAAAAACAACCAAAUUAACUGGGUUGUUUGUACUUUUUAACAACCUUACUUCCGACUUUUAAAUGUUAUCACCCUCAUAACUGCCUUGAGCACAUUUCCCCCAUAUAAGCUGGUGCUGUAGGCGGGUCUAGCUGCCACCCUGUUCAUUUCUCGUGCCUUUUGCAGUGUGUCCUCACAAGGGGCUCUGAACGCAGCCAAGCACCGGUGAAUGCCUUCAUCUAUCAAUGAGUGGCAGGAGGGGCCGCUGAGGGUUUAACUAGCUCACAGAUUUGGAUCAUCUCCUGACGUUUUUGGAUAGAUGCACUUACUAUAUUCCCAGGGUUUAGAUUUAAAUGUUGUUAAGCAUGUUUCUCAUUAGAAUGAUGUAUGUAACAUUAAUGUAACUCUUGGAAACAGAUCAAUUCUCCAUGUGUGUAAAGUGAACUCUGGAAUUCUUUAUGUGGAAAACUUACUCAUUGACGUAACUCUGCUCCAUGGGGGUUGGUAGUGCUCUAGUGUGGCAGAAGUACAGUGAGGUCUGUAUUACUUUCGAAAACUUGAAACCAAGGCUAAAUGAUUUACUGUUUAGAUUUUAAAUUAUUUUUGAAAAAUAACAUACAAGUAUAAUUUAUAUGUCAUUAGAAUAUUCUCAUUUUAAGUGUAUACUUUGUUUUGAUAAAUUUGUAAACAUUCCCUUGUAACCCACACUCCAAUGAAGCUGUUGAAUAUUUGCAUCACUCCAGAAAGUUCUCUGUUACACCUGUGCAAUCAGUUCCUCUCAGUCCUAAUUUCAAGCACCAGUGAUAUCUCUGUUGCCAAAAAAUUGUUUGUUUUGAAAGCAUGAAAGUGACAGGAUGCACUAUGGACUCUUUUGGAUGAGUGUUUUCCGUCAACGUGAUGCUGUAAGAUUUGUCCAGAGUGUAAGGUUUUGCCAAAGUGUUAUAUUGCUCCUUAUUUCUGAAGGGAACAGUAUUGAAUGGACGUACCACAAUUGGUUUUCUAUCUCCUAUUUUUAUGAGAUGAAAAAUAAAAGUCAUAACAGCAUUAACAUACAAA